AUGCCAGUCCAUGUGAAACAGCAGCAGGCACAACAAGAUCCUCAUCGCAAAGGUUAUGCCGAUCCAAAAUAUUUUCUAAACCCCACAAUGGAGGGAAAAGUUGGAACCAAGUAUUUUGCUAAUGUCAAGGGUUAUGGCCUUGACCUGGAUACUGUCAUGGAACUGAAAGAGAAGAAUUGGCCUCCCUGGAUGAACACGUCGCUCCACAAAGGUACGUUCCCCAACAACCUGGACGCCGGGGCGGACAUGAUUCUUCUGUUGAUGGAAGCCGUUAGUCGCUUUACAGGUGGUCACGUCCCACCGUUCUUUGAAGUCAUCAACGAACCAGGGACUCUCUUUGCUACUGUUCAUUGGUCAGACAUUAUUAAAUAUCAUCAACUCGUUGUCACGAAACUGAAAAAGAAGUUUCCUGCCAUGAAAAUCGGUGGGCCGACUAAUACAGGAGCCAUACAAAAUGCAGAUCGUCAUGAUUUCAAGAUCUGGAAGAAACUCAGAGAUUUCAUGGACAUGUCUUUGAACCUUCUGGAUUUUUUCUCCUUCCAUGCUUACAAUCACGUCCACAAAAAUGGAGACACGCAUGCGUGGAGCGGGAUUAACGAAGCUCGUCUGGUCGCCGUCAUUGACCUAAUUGAGAGCUACGCCUGGCACAAGAAAGGGCGAUCUGUUCCCCUGAUAGUCAGUGAAUACGGUCUUGGGGGUGACAAUGUGAAGAUUGACACACAGUCAGAUUUCGACGAAUGGGCGUUUGCUUAUAUGCACAAUUCCCACAUGUCCACUUACUUGAACUUCCGGGGCGAUAUAGACAGAACUAUCGCUUUUCUGUUGAGUAAGAGUGUUAAUUUCGCCAGCGCAAGUUUAUUUCGACAUGGCGACUAUACUCACGUUGCGAAAGCAUAUCAGUUCUGGCAUCACUUCAAUGAAAGCCAUAAAUUCCUACGCGUGCACAGCGAAUUUAACAACGACGAAAGACGCAUUUCUCCCUUGGCCCUGGUCAACACACACAAGAAGGAGAUAGACGUCAUUCUUCACAGUUACCAUCAAACUCCAGAACGUGUGAAGAUCAAAUUUGAGAAGCACUGGGCGCAUGCUCCCUCGGUCAGUUCCACCUGUUUCUACCUGAAUUCGCAUAGAACACCUGUUUUGUUAGAGGACCAGACCAUUUCCUUCGAGGAUAACGUUUUUACCCUUCCAGCUGAGGCCUCGUGCUACGUCUCCAUCAAGUCCACAUACAACUUCAAAACUAUCCCCACCGUCCAUGAGCACACCUACUAUGCUACCGAAAUGGUAAUACCUAUAAACAGUCACACAGUCCUCACCACUGUCAACAUACGUUCACUGGGCGCUGUGAGAUACGCAUUUCUCCGUAUAGGCGUUAGCAUGAGCGACAAAACGGCCGAAACUAAACCCAAGACAGUCCAAGUCAAUGGUCACACAGUCACAUCGAGCUACAUGCAGUUUGGACCAGGCGGGCAAUACAUGGAAACGUUGUGGGAUGUCUACGUAUUUGAGGUGCCUACCAGAACCUUGAAACAGCAUUCCAACGCGGUUCAGCUUAUAUUUGCCCAAAAGGGCGGUUACGUCUCUACCGUGGCCAUCGUGGCAGGGAAUGUACCAGGAGAUGGGAGCAUCAUCGGUUGA